UUUAACAUCAUGUUUUGGUUCGGGUCGUUGUGUUUCUUCCUUUUAUGGUCAGGAAGAUGUUAUGGCGAAAUUGAACAGUUUCGUGAUCUUCCGUUGCAGAAUCCCGAUCUUUUUGGAGGAGACAUCCUCGGAGUGGACGAUCCAGAGGAUCGCAAUGCCAUCAUCGAUAAAAGGAUGAUAUGGCCUGGAGGAAUCGUGCCAUACACUUUAGAUCCUGCAUUGUCUUCUUAUGAGAGCCAGUUUCUCGGUGCUUAUUAUCUGUACCGAAAAGAUACGUGCAUCCGAUUUGUGAAAAGAACCAACGAAACGGAUUAUAUCAGAAUAUUUAGAGGACAAGGGUGUUACUCUUACGUUGGUAAGAUUGGAGGAGCUCAACCUGUCUCCAUAGGCAUCGGCUGCAAUUACAUGGGUACAGUGUUACAUGAAUUAGGGCAUGCUAUCGGCUUUUUUCACGAACAAAACAGGGAUGACAGAGACGAUUGGCUCAACAUCUACUGGGACAAUAUUAAAGCAGGUAUGGAAUCAGAGUUCGUCAAGCUUCCACUUAAACUGCACCAGAUGUUGACGGAUUUCGAUUACGAUUCUGUCAUGCUCUACGGAGAAUACGCCUUCUCCAAGGAAUACGGCAAGCUGAAAACUAUGUCCCCGAAAAAGAGCGACAAACCUUUGAAAGAGGUUGGAUGGAAGAAUUUGAGCAAAGCCGACAUCACGAGAAUAAAGAAGCUGUACAAUUGUGAAGAUUAUGUGUACAGAAAAGAUGGAAAAUAAAAGCAUAAACUUGAAGUCUUAUUUCUACGAUAAU